UGUGCGCAGGCAGAGCGGGAAAGGAGAGAAUCGUGUGCGCUUUUUCUCUCCUCACCAACAAAUCAAAGUCGUAUUAUUAACUACGGUCCUGUAAAACAACACCCGUGGCUUGUGCUACAUAUAGAAAAGGACUGCCUGGAUUAUUUACUUAAUGCACGCCACGCAAAAAACAAGGAAAAGUGUUUUAAGCUAAGUUAUCGUAAGUGUGACCAGAAAGAACCAUGCACGCGUUUUUAAAAGGAGCCUCUGUUCAGAGCACUAAAUCACAGAAGGAGAAGGCAGCAGCCGGACCCAGCGGAGAGAAGAAGCAAAAGGCUGUGCCCUGGGUGGAGAAAUAUAGACCAAAAUGUGUGGACGAGGUGGCCUUUCAGGAGGAGGUGGUUGCAGUGCUCAAGAAGUCUCUAGAAGGAGCAGAUCUUCCCAACCUGCUCUUCUACGGCCCACCAGGAACAGGAAAGACCUCCACCAUCCUGGCAGCUGCAAGAGAACUGUUCGGUCCGGAGCUGUACAGACAGAGGGUGCUGGAGCUGAAUGCCUCAGACGAGAGAGGGAUUCAGGUGGUCAGGCAGAAGGUGAAGAACUUUGCUCAGCUCACUGUGGCUGGGUCUCGAACAGACGGGAAGCCUUGUCCUCCCUUUAAGAUCAUCAUUCUGGACGAGGCGGACUCCAUGACCGCUCCAGCUCAGGCGGCGCUCAGAAGAACCAUGGAAAAGGAGAGUCGCACCACACGCUUCUGCCUCAUCUGUAACUACAUCAGCCGGAUUAUUGAGCCUCUGACCUCCAGAUGUUCCAAAUUUCGAUUCAAACCUUUGGCCAAUCAAAUCCAACAUCAGAGACUGCUGGACAUUUGUGAGAAAGAAAACCUGAAGUACACCAAUGAGAGCAUUGAAGCCCUGGUGAGAGUAUCAGAAGGAGACUUGAGAAAAGCCAUCACGUACCUCCAGAGCGCUGCACGCCUCAACACCGACAAAGAGAUCACAGAGAAGGCUGUGAUUGAAAUAGCAGGGGUGAUUCCAACAAAAACAAUUGACAACUUGCUUGAGAUCUGCUUCAAAGGAACAUUUGAGAAACUAGAGGUUGCUGUCAAAAACAUUGUGGAUGAGGGUUACGCCGCUACACAGAUCCUGGGGCAGCUGCAUGAAGCCAUUAUAGAACGAGACAUCAGUGACAAGCAGAAGUCGGCCAUCACUGAGAAGAUGGCUGUGGUGGAUAAGUGCUUGGUCGACGGAGCAGACGAGUACCUGCAGAUGUUAAGCCUGUGUUCUGUCAUCAUGCAACAAGCCGCAGAGAAUAACUAAAGUAAUACAGUUAUACCUACCCCAACAACCACAAUAACAAUAUACAGAUCUACUGGUAUUACCAAAGUACUAUAGCUGAAUAGAAUGUUCUGAUAUUUUGUAAUGUAAGAAAGAAAAUGAGUCUUGAUUAAUGUUACACGUUCAGAUGUGCUACUUGGUAACAUGUUUUUGUACAGUUCCUCACCUUUUGUAGGCAAUAAAUAAUGUAUUGUUAA